CUCCUUUGGUGGUUUUGGACCACAAAAUCAUUCAAUAUGGCAGCCCACAGGAUAGCAUGUUUAGGGUUGAAUGCCCUUUAUUCCUCUGUCUGCGCCCCAAAGCAGGCCCUGAGGAGCUGCUGGGGGGCGGUGGAGCAGGUGCGGGGUUACUAUGUUGACUGGAGGAUGCUGAGAGAUGUCAAGAGAAGAAAAAUGGCCUUUGACUAUGCUGAUGAGAGGCUACGGAUCAAUGCAUUGAGGAAGAACACCAUCCUUCCCAAAGAGCUUCAGGAAUUGGCAGAUCAAGAAAUUGCAGCUUUACCAAGGGACAGUUGUCCUGUGAGAAUACGCAACAGGUGUGUGAUGACUUCCAGACCUCGGGGUGUGAAGCGGAGGUGGCGACUUAGCCGGAUUUUCUUCCGUCACUUAGCUGACCACAACCAGAUGUCUGGGAUUCUAAGGGCGAGGUGGUGACCGGGGAUCCAUUGGACACUACAGUCAGACUGGAUAAUAAAUACAAGCUGUUUCUGUGGAUAUUGACUAAAUUCAACACAGACUUGUUUUGGCCAUUAAAUGUCUAGAGUCUAUCGAGGCAUUGACUGUAUAAAACAGUUCCACUAAUGCCUGGAAGAUGUUAAUGUCUAAAGUGUAUCCCCUGAGAUUACUGCAGCAUAUUGUCAUUAUUCUGUAUGUGCUGAGGACAUGAAUAUAUCCUUUUGGUAGAUUGUUUGCCCCAGUCAGUAUGUUGCUUUUGCUUUCCUGAGGCUCCUCUAUAUGAAAAACCGAAUAUUUAAAGAGAAAUAUUGUUGUGACUCCUAGGAAAAGCAAAUAUCCAAGUAACUUACUAUACUCAGAAAUGGAUGAAUAAAUUCUGUUGUACAUUACAAACCCUUA